AUGCGUCCUCACUUUCGUUUCUCGACAUUUUUGCUUCUAGGCGGUUGCUUGCUUUCUGGUGUUUCUUCGAGAUUCGACCCUACCACUUAUACAAGAACUACAGCGGCGUGUAAAGCCGUAAAGCGGGACGCCGACCAUGCCAUUGUCGACAUUGAGCUUAGCUACAUCAAUAUCAACCCCAGCGCCAAGACGGCAGUAAUACUCGCUCAUGGUUGGCCCAGCAUCUGGAGCACUUGGGCGUACCAAAUACAGGCGCUUGAACACGAUUAUCAUUUAAUUGUCCCCGACUUGCGUGGAUUCGGACGUUCUUCACACCCCGGAGACGUACAGACAUCUGGGACGAUGUUCGACCACGUCGGCGAUCUCACCUGUAUUCUAGAGCAUGCCAAAGUGGAUAGUGCUAUCUGCUUAGGACAUGAUUGGGGCUCCUUGCUCUGCUAUGAAGCGGGACGACUACGUCCAGACAUUUUCCAAGGAAUCGUUGGAGCCGUCGUUCCAUAUAUUUCUUCCGCUGGGCCUUUCGUUCCUGUCAAAGAUCUCACGACCGUGUUCCCAAAACUGACUUAUCAGCUCUUCUUCGGUUUGAAAACGCCUGAUGCUGUCAAGGAGCUGGACAAGGAUAUUCGCAGGUCUCUUCGGGCGACUCUUCGUGCCAAGUCGAGCCCGCCCCCUGACGAGUUUUUAAAGAGUUCUGAAACGUUCCUAGGGGCAUGGAGCGAUCAUGAGGAGAUCCCGCCUAUUCCGUUUUUAUCGCCUGAAGAGGAGGAUUACCUUGUAGAAGAAUUCAGCCACCAAGGCUUCAAAAACAGACCUUUGUCAAACGUCUCACAGAACCGACAUAGGACAUGGAAAUUUGCAAACGAGCAGGGUAAUCACACGCUCCCGCAGCCUGUCCUAGCGAUUUAUCCCACACAUGAUCCUGUAGCUGACUGGGUCAAGGCCGCGGAAAUGCUCAAUUCCGCAAGCUUCUUACCACGUCUAACGACCGCAAUCGUUGAAGGUUCGCAUUGGAUACAAAUGGAGAAUCCGGAACCAUUCAACGUUGCUUUGAAGAGUUGGCUGGAGGCUAACUUUGGGGGUUUGGGUCGUGCUGAAGACGAGCUUUAA